UUCACUCAUCAGGCUUCACAGUGCUGUGAGUUAGGCUUCUUGUUUAUUGCAGCAAAAGGCCAAGCCCAUGUGACUGAAGCUAGACAUGGAGGAACCAGACCGACUUGAUUUGACAUACAUCACUGAACGAAUCAUCACCAUAUUGUGCCCUUCAGGAUGUCCAGAGGGCCUCUACCUGCAGAACCUGCAGGAGAUUAUAUCCAUGUUGCAGUCCAAGCAUGGAAACAACUACAUGCUCAUCAACCUCUCCCAGAAGCACGGCAGCCUCACCAGAAUGAACCACAAGGUUUUGGACACAGGUUGGGUGGAUCUCUUGGCUCCCAGCCUGGAUCAGAUCUUCAGUGUGUGCAAAGUAAUGGAGAACUGGCUGCAGACCCAUUCCAAGCAUGUGUUGGUGUUACACUGCAGGGGAGGUAAAGGCCAGCUUGGAGUUCUGGUGGCGUCCUACAUCCACUUCAGCAACAUGUCAGCCAGUGCAGACGUUUCUCUCGACCAUUUUGCCAUGAGAAGGUUCUACAAUGACAAGCUCUCUGCUCUGAUGACUCCCUCACAGAAACGGUAUGUGUGGAUGCUGGGCAGCAUGUUAAAAGGAGGACUGAGGAUGUGCCCCUCUCCAUCUUUCCUCCUCUGUGUUGUUCUUCAUGGUCUUCCCAGAAUAAGACCAGAUGGAGGAUGUUGCCUCUUCCUGAGGGUCUACCAAAGUCUACAAGCUGUCUGCACAUCAGCAGUCUACCAUGUUAAUGCAGCCCAGACAGACCGCCUCUACAUUGUGCUUCAGCCUGCUCAGCUGCUCAAAGGGGACAUUACGGUGGUUUGUUACGAUAAAAACAGCCAAUCAGCCAGCCGUCAGGUCAUCUUCCGUCUCCAGUUUCAUACAGGCCUCGUCGUCGGACACACCCUUGCUUUCUCAAAAGCGGACCUUGACUGUGCCAAUGAAGACCCUCGGUUCCCAGAAGAUGGAAAAGUGGAGCUGCUGCUCUCUGAGAGUCCUGAAAAAAUAGCAGGCAGAGAGCUGUGGCACAACGGGCGCUCUGUGACGGUGGACUAUGACACCUUGGACCCAUUGGUUAGACGAGAUUCAUACCAAGACACGUCUUCUCUUGAAACAGCUCCUCCUCAUGUCUUGGACCCUGGAAAUGGCAGUUUUUACCCCAGAGUAAGGAAGAAGAGUAAUGAAGAAGGACAUUUGUUCCCUUUAAGCACCAGCAGCCCCAGCUACAGUGACCGAGCUCCGUCUGCCAGCAGUGACUCAGGCCUGUCUGUUGCCUCGCAGGGGCUGACCGGAGCCAGACAGAGGAGAGGGACCACGCAGGACAAGUGUUCCCAAGCAGAGAAGCUGGUCUCUGGAGGGGACUUUGAGAUUAUCCAGCCUCUUCUGGAGGUCAUGACUGAGCUUGCUUCAUCCAGUGGAGGUGAGGGGGAGAUAGCUGGAGAUGAGUCCGGAUUGGGACACACUACCAAUGGAGAGGCAAGCGAGAGGGAGACUGACAUACUGGAUGAUGAGGAUGAAGUCGAUGAUGUGGCAAUUCCUGCUAUGGACAUGCUGAGCUCAAGUAGUAUUGGCUCCCUCUCAUCUGAAAAUCUGCCUGCAAGUCAGAGACCAGCCCGAACUGAGUACUCCACUCACUCCUGGGUACAGCAACAGCAGAUGGCGGAUAUUGUCACCAAUAACAUGCUUGCAGUGGACGUGGAGGGGGCGUCAGUCAGGUCAAAUAAAGAGAGGCUGCCACCUCUGGUUGCUCCUGACACACCAGCUCGAGGACUCAGCAGCAGGGAAGCAGUGCAGAGAGGGCUGGUGGAUGAAGAUGAUGCACAUAAUGUCACAGAAAAUACACACAGCACACAGUCCACAAAUACCACACACACAUCAUCUUGUCAAGACGAUGAACUGGAGUCAUUAAACACAGACAUUGAUGAGUCCAUAGAGCAGCUGAACCAGCUGAUCCUGGAUUUGGACCCCACUUUUGUUCCUGUUCCUACCCGAUGUGCCCCCCUGUCCCGCUCUGCCUCUCUACAUACCAACGGCCUCAGCCACAAGGGACAUACCCAUCUGACAGGGUGGAAGCAACACAAGCAGGUCAGCAAUGUAACGGAGUACGGUGGUCUCCAUUCUGCGGGAUGGAGAGGAGGCGGACCUAAGAGCUUCAGAGGCUCCCCACUCUACAGUCCCUCCCUCUCGCCUUCUCAGCAUGGGCAUCUCUACAAAACCAACAGCGUGGACUAUAGGGGACAAGUGGAUACCUCUGACAUCGUCCCUCCGACUCCAGCCUUCCCAGUGUCUCCUCCAACGCCCUAUGUGAAACAUUUCUCAGAGUUUUCCCAGCUCAGGACUGGUGGGCAGUGGGAGCAGCACAGCUGGACACAAGAUUCCCGGAGUUUCCUGGAAAGUAUGAACCACACCAGCAGCUCCACAGAGGGGGAGCUGUUCAGAUCAGAUGUGUCCGUCACUCCUGCUUCCUGUCAGAGGAUCUUCGGCUCCAUGUGCUCGGUGUCAUCAGGCAGCCCCCUCCCACACACAGAGAGCUCCACUCCUCCUCCAGUGUGGCAUGACCGGACUCCAAGCUCCCUAAACUCCCCGUAUCCUCCCCAGCCCUCACCCCCCCUCUCCUCCCUCAGCACUCCCAAUGCCCACAGUUCUCCCCGGGGGGCCCUGAAAGGCCUGGGUGGGACUCGUGGGGUCUAUAGGGGGACAGACAGCGCAGACUUGUCCUCACUGUUGUUGGGGAACGGGGGCCUGGAGCACAGCCUGCUGGAGGCCAUGGAGGGCCUCGGGACUCUGAACCUGGGGGGAGACGGGGGCCUCGCACCACUGCUGCCUGAAAAGAGAAGAGGGGGUGAGGGGGGAGACCUUGGCUCACACUCCCCUUCUUUGAGUGGGUUUUCCAGCCCUCACAGUGGCAGCAGUCUCAGCAUCCCUUUCUCGUCUUCCAUGACCCCCGACCCCCUCAGAGGACUCAGUGGGGCGCAGUCGCCUGGAGCAGACUUUGGCAGUAAGCAGGACACUGUGAAGUUUGUUCAGGACACAUCCAAGUUCUGGUACAAGCCCGACAUUUCCAGAGACCAAGCCAUCGCAGUGCUGAAGGACAAAGAGCCCGGCUCAUUCAUUGUCAGAGACAGCCAUUCAUUUCGUGGGGCGUAUGGAUUGGCCAUGAAGGUGGCCACACCUCCUCCGUCAGUGUUGCAACAAAGUAAAAAAUUAGGAGAUCUGUCCAAUGAGCUGGUGAGACACUUCCUGAUAGAGUGUACACAGAAAGGAGUUCGUCUGAAAGGCUGCCCCAACGAGCCAUAUUUUGGAAGUCUCACGGCUCUGGUGUGUCAGCACUCCAUCACUCCUCUGGCUCUGCCUUGUAAACUUAUCCUUCCUGACAGAGACCCAGUGGAGGAGAUCAGUGACUCAUCUGCACAAACUGCAACAAACUCUGCAGCUGAACUUCUCAAACAGGGAGCAGCGUGCAAUGUGUGGUACCUGGGCUCUGUGGAGCUGGAGUCUCUGACAGGACACCAGGCGGUUCAGAAGGCGACCACGCUGACACUCUCCAUGGACCCUCCGCCAGCCUCUACUGUUGUCCACUUCAAAGUGUCGGCACAAGGAAUCACACUCACCGACAACCAGAGAAAACUAUUUUUCAGAAGACACUACGCUGUCAACACUGUGAUAUUUUGUUCUCUGGACCCACAGGGGAGGAAGUGGACAAGAGACAGCGGCUCUACCGCAAAGAUCUUUGGAUUUGUAGCCAGGAAAUCUCAGAGUGAGACUGAAAACAUGUGCCAUCUGUUUGCUGAACACGACCCCGAGCAGCCGGCGAGUGCCAUCGUCAACUUUGUGUCUAAGGUCAUGAUUGGGUCACACAAAAAGUGAAAAGGAAGAGACUGGAGCUGCAGAGGAAAGGACCUGGACUUCAGGAACAACUUCUAAUGUCAACAUUACAUAAAUAUGUGAAAGAUCAAGAGCCAAAAACACUCCAGCUCCCAAUUCUGUUGGUCCUUGUGGCAGAACUUGUGUAUUUUGUACUGGCUGCACUGCAGGAUGCUGCCACCAGAGGGGGCCCACACUGUCACAUAGAAAGUUAAACUCAUCAGAAGAAGGCCAUGACUACUUUUUUCUGCAUUUUUCUGGAGCUUUUUUAUUAAAUGUGUAUAUGAGCAAAUACUUGUUCACAGAAGAUCUAGUAUAAAAGUCCAUUUUUGUCACUGCUUUAUGUGGCCUGUAUUUUGAAAUUAAUUCUAAAUGUUUCCGUCAUGGGCUGCAAGGUGGCUCAGUGGUUAGCAACGUCGCCUUGCAGCAAGAAUGUUGCCAGUUCGCGACACCGGGAGUUUUUCUGCGUGGAAUUUGCAUGGGUUCUCUCUGGGUUCUCCAGCUUCCUCCCACACAGUCCAAAAACAUGUUGAGGU